AUGGCUCUCCCAUUCUCCUCCAUCUGCGAUCUCUUCAGAUCUAUUGAGAAGGAGCAAAGUCUACCUGGUUGGGGGUCCCGCAACCGUGUCAUGAUGCACUACGCAAAGUGGUGCAUCAUGCACCGAGACGAUCUUCUCGCUGAUAAAAACCUGCUACUUUGCGCUCUCUCCUGCCUGUUUCCCGAGCUCCGGACUGAUCGAAGAUACGGUCUUUCGAAACUGGGCACUCUCAACUUAUUUGGUACCGCAGCUGGCAUUCGCCACACGCGAAGAUUCGAGCAGGCAGAAGCGAGGAUUAAGCGCGGUGAGGAGAAUGCCUCUGUUAUCUCUGACCUCCUCACCCCAACUGCAUGUGCUACUCCACCAUCCUCUCAGCCCCUUGUCACAGUCGCUCAGGUUGACGAGUUCUUCGCAACCCUUGCCGGCACUUGCCGUUUCUCCGCAGCAGGUGUCUACUGCGAAAGACAGGAAACAUCUCCCGAGGAACUUUUACAGCCAAUGAUUGAGAAGCUGCAACCAAAUGAGAUCAAAUGGCUGAUUCGAAUGCUCAACCGAAAUAUGCAGCCAGUCACCUUACCCGUCGAUGCCGUUUUAAGGAAUAUUCACUUUGCUCUCCCCAUGUUCUAUUCCUUCUACAGCAGCUUCCCUGACGCCCUUGAUCACCUCUUCAGCCCUCCGUCUGAUAUCUUCCUAGCUCACCCUCGUCCGGAUACCAAGCAUCAGGAGAUCUACAAGCAGACUCUUCUCCAGUGGCUCGCUCCGACUGUAGGCGUCCCAGUGCGCAUUCCCGAAUGCUACAAAGGCCGUAAUCUCAACGAGCCCACUCGACGGUUCAACCCCGGCUCGCUCGUCAGCGUGGAGACAAAGUAUGAUGGGGAACGAAUGCAGAUCCACAUUGAUAUAGACUGUCGCCCUGAUUAUGAUGGUGCAUUUGAUGAUUUAAAUGAACCGCCCGAGAUUAUCAGACGAUUUUCUAUUUUCUCGAAAUCCGGCAGAAACUCUACUAAGGAUCGCUCAGGCGUCCUCGAUGCGAUCCGGAAAGGGCUUCGUCUGUCGAACGACGUAUGUUGUCCUCACUUUUCAACGUCGAUAAUUCUAGAGGCCGAGAUGGUCGUUUACGACCGGGUGAAACGAAAAAUUGCUCCGUUCCACCGUAUAACAGAUCAUGUCACCCGGGGCGGUUCGAAAAUAGGUGCUGCGUACGACAAAGAGUCAAUCAAAAACGAGCAGCUGAUGGUCGUCUUUUUCGACGUGCUCGAGAUUGAUGGGAUAUCAAUGCUCAACGAGUCAUAUGAAGCCAGACGGGGUGUACUCGAGAAAGUAGUCUCUGAAGUUGAUGGCCAUGCGAUGCUGGCCGAGCGUACCGUUGUCAGAUGUUCUGAAUCUAGGUGCACCACGAAGGGCGUGGCUCCGGUGUUUGAGAGAGUCGUGGGGUCAGGAGGGGAGGGCGUUGUCGUCAAGCUGUGUGAUUCGACAUAUUUAGAAGCCUCUAUGAAGGUCGGGAAUCAGCAGUGGAUCAAGCUGAAGAAGGACUACUUGGCAGGGAGAGGUGAUACAGAGGAUUUCUGCGUGAUCGGGGCAGGGGUGGAUACCAAGCGGGCAGUCGAGCGCAAAAUGGGCCCCGGAGAGUACAAUGUCUACUAUAUCGGCUGCAUGAAGAAUAAGGAAGAGGUACAGCGAUUCGGUGUGCGACCAAUGUUCGAGGUCAUAUUCACAGUCAAGUAUCUGCUACACGCGGCCGACCAGGCACGCAUGCAGGACAUGAUUCGAACAUAUGGAUAUCCUUAUGAUGAUUCGGAUCAAUUGGACUAUGACAUCACUCUCCACCCCUACCUCUCGCCCCGCAAACCCCUUGUUUUAUUUUAUCGCACCCAGAUUUUUGAGAUUAUGUCUGCGGGCUUCGACAAGCCGUCUGGAAACAACUUUUACGUGCCGCGCUGGCCCAGGGUCGUCAAGAUCCAUGAAGACGGCCGCUCUUGGGUCGAAUGCGUGGGGUUUGAUGAGUUGCAGAAUAUAGCAGACGCGUGUGUACAGAUGCCGGUUUCGCGCGUUCCGAGGGGUUAUGAGAAAGAGUCUGAGGUUGAAGAUGAAGAUGAGGAUGAGCGGAAGGCGAAGAGAGCAAAGACGCUGACGAGCUUGGAGAUGAGCUCGAUUCUCAACAAGUCUGAUCCUUGGGAGCCCUCGCCGCUGGCUGUGAGCAGACGCGACGAGGUAAAUUGGAUGCUGGGGACGAGUAUUGUUCUUGCUUCGUAUGCGGCUCUCGCUCGAACAAAGUUGAUUGACAAUUACGAAGCGGUAUAUAAGGAUCCGAUAGAGAUUGAAUACAUUAGUGAGCUGAACAGGUAUCGACAAAUUGUCAUCAAAAGGUUUUCGUACAGAGCAUCUCGCAGGAUUGUGCUGUUGGUAGACCCCAGACGGUCUGAAAGAACGCAUGAUGAGAUAGCAGAAGUACGAAAGUGGAUUAAGAAGGAGUUUAGAGUGCGCAGAAAGGACUCGAGAACAACGUAUGACUUUGGUCGCAAGACUGAGUCGGUUGAGUUGCUUGUUGUUGAGUGGCGGGUAGUUCAGGAUGAGAUGGGGAGCGAGUUUGACAGGAGGUUGUUGUUUGUGGAUGAGUUUGUGUGA